AUGUCAACUAGAAGUGGAAGAUCAUCUGGGAGACAAGACGCCCUGGGAAAUGCUGAGAUCGGUAAACAUUGUACCGAGGAAACCUCUGCGUAUGCCGCUGAAGGCACGGCCGGUAAGGUCGACAAGCAGUAUACCGCAUUAACCACAAGCACAGGGAAGUCCGGCUCGAAGAAAACGAAAAAGAUGCGAACGUUGUCAACAGGUACAGAUGCACCGCCAGCAGUGCCCGGCUAUAUUAUUCCUGUGAUGUUAGAUCCAUUGGCUCCCUCUAUAGUAGUAAACGAAGCUCCUGCCGCGAACUCAACAGCGCUAAGCACGGUAACCGGAACGUUGCCUAAAGACAUUCGUCAGAAACAAAAGGGUGCUCAACACGAACAGAAUGCGAUCAUCGAAGUUAGCUGUCCAUUGUGCAGCAAACCAGACGACAUGCUCAUGGUUCAGUGCGACGAUUGUAAAAAGUGGUUCCACUUUAGGUGUGUCAAUGUGGACCAAAGAGUAGAGCACGAAGACUGGAGUUGUCAGAACUGCAAAAUAGCCAAGAAAACUUCAGAGGGCUUCGUGAUCAACGAUGACGACAAAAGCUUUCAUCCCGCUAAAGUAACAAGCAGGAAAUCAUCACAGGAAUCCUCCAGAUGGGAGCAUCGUAAAGAGCUAGAACUGAAGCUUCAACGACUGGAGGAAGAAGACAGGUUCGAAAGAGAGCUUCAGCAAAAGCUGGCGGAACAAGCUCGCCAGGCGAAGAAGGACUUUUUGGAUAAAAAGUACGGACUGCUAAAAGAGUUGGAGCAAGUGGACAGCGACACGUCCUCCCUUGUUUAUUCAGUACAUAGCGAAGAAUCCAAAGAUCGGACACAUCAAUGGGUAAAACAAAUCGAAUCUGCAUCUGGAACCCAAAGACGCCCGAUUAAAUCCCAUCUCGUUCCCACCCCACCAGAAGGGCAGAAAGGCCAAGGCAAGAAGGCUGAAAAGCAACUCAGACAUCAUAUAAACUUAAAUCCACCAAGCCUGAUUCCGCAUCAAAGCGUAAUUCUCAACCAAUCGUCUAUACAUUCCGCUGUUGAUCUGGAUGGGACACUUAAUCGCAGUCAGAUAGCCGCGCGUCAUGCCGUUUCAAAAGAGCUACCUUUAUUUAGUGGAGAUGCUGAAGAAUGGCCGAUAUUCUACUCGACUUUUAACAGCACAACUACAAUGUGCGGGUACACAAACGAAGAAAACGUAGUUCGUUUGCAAAAGUGUUUAAAGGGUCGAGCCUUGGAAGCCGUUAAAUGCCGUCUGCUACAUCCGUCAAAUGUUCCAGGUAUACUCGCCACUCUCAGAAUGCUUUUCGGUAGACCCGAAAUCAUCAUUCAUUCAGCGAUCGAAAAAAUCCACGCACUGCCAGCACCACGUGCGGAACAGCUUGAGUCAUUGGUCGAAUUCGCACUAUCGGUUCAGAACCUGUGCGCCACGAUCGUUGCCUGCGAAGUGGAAGACUGGAAAUACAAUAUAACUUUGCUUCAAGAAUUGGUGGAAAAGUUACCGCCUCCUACUCGAUUAGAUUGGGCCAAAUAUCGACGGUUGCAUCCAGACACAAAUCUCGAAGACUUUAGUGCGUGGCUAUACGACCUAGCGGAAAAUGCAAGCCUAGUCAUCGUACCGAAGCUAACUACUCGAAGUAAUAGAAGAAGUACUGGCUACAUAAACGCUCACGCAGAAGACACAGAAUAUGAUCUUGUCACUGAAACACCAGAAAAUGCCGUACUGCAUGCAAGCCAGCUGCCUGUAAAAAAAUGCUGCGUAGUUUGCGAAGGAAUUUGCACGACGGUCGACAAAUGUAAACGCUUCUUGGAAUUUAGCAGAUCCUCCAGAUGGGCCGUAGUACGGGAAAAACAUUUAUGUAAAAAGUGCCUCAAGAAACACAGUGGACGAUGCAGGAAGCAGGGAACUUGUGGGGUAAAUGGUUGCACCUUCAAUCACCAUCCACUAGUGCACUUUGAGGCAAACCCGCAACAUACAACUGCAACGCCAGAUAUGGGACGAGAUGUAUCAAUACAACGGCGGACUUUAUCAGAAGAACCCACUUCGGGAUAUACCCACAUGCAUCGAGGUAGAUCUAGUUCCGUUCUGUUCCGGAUAGUUCCGGUAAGGCUCCGAAAUAGAAACCUAGUAAUACAUACCUAUGCAUUUUUGGAUAACGGAUCCUCACUCACCCUAAUGGAGCAGGAACUAGCGUCCGAAUUGUGCCUUAAUGGUAAACCACAGCCACUGUGUCUAACGUGGACCGCGGAUACUCGCCGAUACGAGCCUGAUUCGAGAGCAGUGUCUGUGAACAUUUCAGGAGUCUGCGGAACGAAAUGGUACUCAAUGAAUAACAUUCAAACUGUCCAGUCAUUGAAGCUACCGAGACAAACGAUGAACAUCGACGAGUUAAAGAAGAAGUAUUCACAUUUGCAGGGGCUUCAGAUAGAUUCAUACACAGAUGUCCAACCAAGAAUUCUGAUUGGGUUGGACAAUACCACCUUAGGAUUUCCGCAACAAAGCCGGGAAGGCAAACCUAAUGAACCUGUAGCAACAAAGACAUGUCUUGGCUGGGUAAUAUACGGCAGCUGUGGAGAUCAAGCUCCGUCACAUAACUACCAACACCAUAGUCUACAUAUGUGCUCAUGUAAUCCUAUUGCUGACCAAUCUAUGAACGAAACUGUGAAACAAUAUUUCUCUCUGGAGAGCCUUGGCAUUACCAAGCCUGACAAGUUUUUGAUAUCCGCAGAAGAGCAACGCGCCGAAACCAUUCUAAACACCCUUACAAGGCGUCGAAGCAAACACUACGAGCUAGGACUUCUGUGGAAAUAUGAUAACAUCCGCCUUCCUAAUAGCUUUCCGAUGGCGCAGCGCAGAUUCCGCUGCCUUGAAAAACGCUUGGCUCUACACCCCAACCUUGCUGAAAAUCUCCAGUCCAAGAUCAUUGAAUACAUUCAAAAAGGAUACGCUCGGAAACUUUCGGGAGCCGAAUUAAGUAUGCAACACAGCAGGGUCUGGUAUCUUCCUACCUUUCCUGUAGUGAACCCAAAUAAACCAUGUAAGGUGAGAAUAGUUUGGGACGCAGCGGCUACAGCUUUCGGAGUAUCUCUAAACUCCUUUCUCCUCAAAGGCCCCGAUCAACUGACUUCGUUAUUGUCAAUCUUACUGAAGUUCAGGGAACAUCGAGUGGGUAUAUGUGGCGAUAUCCGUGAGAUGUUCCACCAGAUAUUAAUAAGAAAGGAGGAUCAGCAUUGUCAGCGCUUUUUAUGGCGUGAAGAAGGCGACCCUGAACCAGCUGUAUACAUCAUGCUGGUUAUGACAUUCGGUGCUUGCUGUUCCCCAAGCAGUGCGCAAUUUAUUAAAAAUCAAAACGCCCGGAGAUACUCAAGUUUAUACCCAGAAGCUGUUGACGCCAUCGUUUACAGACACUAUGUCGAUGACAUGUUGGUCAGUGUCGAAUCGGAGCAGGAAGCAAUAAAAAUAGCACGAGAGGUCAAAUAUGUUCACUCACAAGGUGGAUUUGAGAUGAGGAACUGGAUAUCCAACUCUAAGAGGGUAGUUGAAGCGCUGGAGGAACAACCCAAAGCUAGAAUGAACCUAAACAUUGGAACUGAGCUCGCGACAGAAAAGGUUCUAGGAUUAUGGUGGUGUACGGAGGAGGACGAAUUUUCAUACAAGGCAUCGCCAAGGCAUGACUCUCGAUUGCUGACAGGUGAACGUCGUCCAACGAAACGCGAGGUGCUUAGAACGUUGAUGACCAUUUUCGACCCACUUGGUCUGAUAGCCAACUUUCUUAUGUACCUCAAAAUCCUUCUCCAAGAGAUUUGGCGGUCGGGCGUAGGAUGGGAUGAUGAAAUCUACGAUGAACAGUUCACUAAAUGGAAACAGUGGCUUGAUGUCCUUCAUCAAGCCACUGUUUCCGAAAAACGUGAGAAUUCCAAGAUGUUAUCGUGA